UAUUUUAGAGUGAUUUUGUUUUUGUUGACAAGAUUAAAAUCACGCAAUCUUCGCAACAGCAAUUUCCAUAAUUUCCUGCUAAAUUUUUCAAAGAAAAAAUAAAGAUUAGUUUUAAUAAUGAUGGCUUGGUAAUAGUGGUACAUUACUCCCAACUAUGAAUUUAAUCCCGGAACAUCUCAACUUCGACGAAAUCUGCCGUAGUUGCAUGACGAAAAAGGAUUGCAUGCGACCUCUGUUUGGUUCCAGUUUGGACUCGAUGCUGAUGACUGUGGCAAACGUUACGGUAUCCCUUGACGAUGGAUAUCCCGCCCAGAUGUGUGUCCAGUGUGUGCUGCAGGUCAGCCGGGCGUUCACUUUCAAGCAACAGUGCGAGAAAACGGAUACCACUUUGAAGGAGUAUCUCAGCCGAAGAGUGCUAAGGCAGUUGAGCGACGACAAGGAGCUCGAAGUAUUGGAAGAUGAUGAUGGCCCAGAAGACGAAAUACAGAUCAUUUCCAUACCCUCGCAAGACCAAUCGCUUGGGUUUCAGUUUGGCGGCCGACAUCAGGAUGAGUGCGUUUUGGUAUUAAGUACUGAUAGGGAACCGGACGAUCUAGAUGGAGAGAGGGGAAAUGUUUCUGCGGAGAUGGAAGUGUCGGAACAUGGCGUGGAAGGAGAAUGCCAACAAAUUAAACUUAUCACGUCCUCGUUCGACCACUCUCAGGAUAUGCUCGGAUUCGCGACAAUAGCUUUAGAUGAAGACAUUGAGGAUGAUGAUCAUUUUGAUGAGACAUACGAGCAUGAAACAGAAGAGGCGACUCCAUUUGAGAUUGAUAUUAAGCCGACUCUGUACAUGACCAAUGCUUUCAAAUGUGAUGACUGCCACGAAGAAUUUAAAUUCAAUGAGGAAUUGAAGGAACAUAAAUUCACUUGUAAGGUUAUGACAAGCAGCGCUGCACAGUUAGCCAGGGAAAGUAAGUGUCCUAGCCCCGUUCUACUACGAUUCGAAUGCACCGUUUGUAGCAAACGGUUUUCGAAUUCCAGUAAAUUGAAGCGCCAUUCUAGAACUCACCUGGUCGACAAGCCUCACGUCUGCAACAUCUGCGGAAUGUCGUUUGCCGAAAGUUCCAACCUAACGAAACACCAUCGAAAGCAUACCGGAGAGCUGCGCAAUGUGGUUGGCAAACCGAAUCUGUGUUCGGUGUGCGGCAAACGUUUCAAGUGGGCCACUUCCCUUUCCAAGCACAUGAAACAUCAUACGAAGCAAAAGCUGUUCACCUGUCCAUAUCCCAACUGUGAAAAGUACUACGUAGAGCAGCGUUCGUUGGACAUUCACAUCUACUCGCACGACGGCCAGAAACCGUUCACGUGCAGCUAUUGCAACAAGGGAUUUACGCAGAAGUGCAACCUGGAAAAACAUGAACGGGUCCAUACCGGUGAAAAGCCAUUCAAAUGUAACGUUUGUCACAAAAGCUUUGCCCAGAGUGGGUAUUUAGUGAUCCACCAGCGAAUCCACAGUCAGGAGAAGCCGUACAAUUGCGAUGAAUGCGGGAAACAAUUUGCCGCCUCCAACGCGCUAACGGUCCACUUGCGCUCGCAUAGCGGUGAACGUCCUUAUGGUUGCGAUCUGUGUAGUAAACGAUUUUCGCGCCAAGAAACGCUCACUAUUCACAAAACUAGGAAACACACGAACGAUGCCUCACACCCGUGUACAAUAUGCGCGGAAAGGUUUUCUUCCACCGAACAACUAACGGAGCACCUGAAAAGCCAGCAUGGGGAUCGCUGUUACCAUAUGUGUCCAUCUUGCGGAAAGGUGUUCGCAUCAAUGCAAAGUCUGAAGAAUCAUCAAAAACUACACCUCAAAGAAGGUGUCAUAUCUGAGGAUCAUCCGCAACCGAUGAUACAGUUUGUAGUCGAGCAGGAAAUCGUAACCCAAACUGUAGACCUGGUCGCACUGGAAAAGACCGUUGAUUCUUCAACGGUAGUGGAAAGCUAGCAUAAUCAGUAAUUGUACCCGUCCCUUACAUGCAAUGCAUAUUGCUAUGAUUGUUUUUCGUUGACAGUUGCAAUAAUUGUUAAGUGCUUGUUCUAUUACAUUAAGAAGCCAGCCAAAUUUUGUGUAGAAAUUUCUUACAAAGCAAUUAAAACCUUACGAAGUUACACAAAUAAAAUCUGCAAGAAAUAACAUGUUUGGUCACGUGGUCAAAUUGCCUGUAUCAGGUAUCAGGCCGGCUUAAAAGAAACGUUCCCCAAGUUCUAUGGGGUUUCCUCUAUACAUAGUACAGUUAUAGAAAUUGUUGAUUACUAAAUUCAAUCGAUUUUGUUAACAUUUUCCGAUGUAACAUGACGAAGGGCGAUGAGUACUUUCUACUGAAUUGAAAAAAAGCGAUUAAAAGCAGUCGCCCGGCCGAGUAAUCAGCUAAAGAGAAAAUCGAUGAAGAGAAAUCGAUAAUUGCAAUUACGCCAUUAUGAGUCAUAAGUUAUGAUACUAAACGUGAGAAGUAAACGAAUCAAAAACUGAAAACAAAUUAAUCAUGAAAUUUGUAGCGCUCCAUUAGUUCAUGGUAUAAGGAAGUGUUCCUUCCCAUCAUACAGGAUAACGAGGUUAUCGUGGUCUAAGGAUCUAGCUGCCUUCUAUAGAAGAUUUUGAGGAGGUUUCUACACAUAAUUCAAUAAUUGAAUGUAAUUGAACAUACAAUCAACAUUUAACAUUUUAUGCAACGAAAGUAAUCGUAACACUAUGCCCUUGGUUAUGUUCUAAAGCUACUCUAUUACCAGAAUUUUCAAACUUCGACAUAUUUACUAAUAGACGGUCAUACUCAGGCAGCAACUGUUAAGGAAAUUUCUCAAAAAUAAAAUUCUUCGGUGCAUAAUGCGCUGCUUUAAAUGUAAUGUAUUUAUUCGUUAGGUCACCCUCAUGAUGUCAGUGCAAUAAUGUCCCCCCUUCAGCCACAUUCAUUGUAAAUAAUCUGUUUUAGAAGUUUUAAUCUUUACUUUUAGUCACUAUCAGUUGUCUCUUACGAAUAAACUAAUUUGUUCGAAAGGGAGGAUAUCCCUUUUCCAAAAAAAAAAAUCGUAGGCAAAACAAGAAAUCUU